UAUAAAUAAGAGUCGUGUGUAUUUUUAAAAAUUCCCGCAAAAUAAACUGCGUGUUAACAGACAAACAUUCCAGCGCAGCAUCCACCACACAUUCUCUACAUCACAAAUCUACACCCUCUUUUCUCGCCGCCGCCGGCACUUCUUCCUAGGGUUAAUUUCCUCCCGGCGACGACAACGAUGAUCCCCUACCAUUCUCUCCACGAAGCCGAGAUCGCCCUCGGCCGCAACCUCACCUUCGCCGAAACCCUCUGGUUCAAUUACUCCGCUACAAAAUCCGAUUACUUCCUCUUUUGCCACAACAUUCUUUUCCUCUUUCUAAUCUUCUCCCUCGUCCCUCUCCCACUCGUUUUUCUUGAAAUCAAACGCUUGUACCCAUUCGAUUCUUACAAGAUCCAGCCUAAAGUUCGGUUAUCCCUCAAUGAAAUGCUCAAUUGCUACAAAGAUGUUAUGGUUAUGUUCUUCUUCGUCGUUGGUCCUCUUCAGCUCGUUUCAUAUCCUUCCAUCAAGAUGAUUGGAAUUAGGGCAGGGUUACCGUUACCGUCUGGAUGGGAGAUCUUGUCGCAAUUGGUGGUGUAUUUUUUGGUGGAGGAUUAUACGAAUUACUGGAUCCAUCGGUUUCUGCAUAAUAAAUGGGGUUACGACAAGAUUCAUCGUGUUCAUCAUGAAUAUCAAGCUCCGAUUGGAUUUGCGGCGCCUUAUGCACACUGGGCGGAGAUCUUGAUACUUGGGAUUCCGUCUUUUCUCGGACCUGCGUUGGCCCCGGGUCACAUGAUUACGUUUUGGUUGUGGAUAGCAUUGCGCCAAGUUGAAGCUAUUGAUACGCAUAGCGGGUAUGACUUCCCUUGGAAUCCCACAAAAUAUAUUCCAUUUUAUGGUGGCUCCGAGCAUCAUGAUUACCAUCAUUAUGUUGGAGGACAAAGCCAAAGCAAUUUUGCAUCAGUUUUCACGUACUGCGAUUACAUCUAUGGAACUGACAAGGGUUUUCGGUAUCAGAAGAAGAUACUUCAAAAUCUGAAGGAAGAUUUGACAAAUGGUGCUGCACAGAAUAGAGGAUCAUACGAAGCACAAGAUUAUGGUAAAUCUGAGUGAGACGGACGAAUAACUAGUACCAGUUAAAUAGUUGUCUUGGGUUAGCUUCAGGAUGAAGACUACUAGAAUGGAGCUUUAGGAAUUGUGGUUUUGUUUUACAAGAAUGGGUGGGGGAAGCAUUUUUCUGAUAUCAUGUUAUGGAAAUCUAACAUUUGGUUUUGCUUUAUGUCGAUGUACGAAUGAUCAUUUCCUUGUAAGCUGUAAAUCAAAUUCUGGAAAUAUGCAGCACGCUUCGUUCCUCCUCCGGCGAGUAAUUUGGAAAGCAGAAUAAAAUUUGGAAGUUUGGUUUUA